AUGGCAAUUGAAGCAGCACUUCAUCAAGCUGAGAAUCAAGAGAUUCAGCUUGUGGAGGUGCUUAACCUUGUCAUUGACAAGGCUGUCAUGUUUGAGGACGAGAACAGCCUAGUUAAAUUUCAUCUGAGUCUCAUUGCGAACUCAGACGAGUGCACGAAUAAUUCUCUAACUUUCAAGUUCACCAUCAACUCUUGUCUCGUGAGAGAGACCAGUAUGUCUAGCUCCGCAGCAGGCACUGUCGUCGUUACCCUUGGUCCGGGUAGUUCAGACGCACUGCCGAGGAGCCCAGCAGAGCCACCUCAUAUGAAUAAGGUCAGUACUGACAGGUUCUAUCACAUGCUUGAUGGCGUCGGCUAUGGCUACACGAAAGAGUUCCGCGGUGUCAGCAGUAUCAGACGUAGCGAUAGCAAAGACUGUGGUAUUAUCAAAUUCCAACGCCUAGAGGACAACCAUCGCGAGCUUGCAAUGCAUCCAGCGACUCUUGACGUCGCCUUCCAGACCUUCAUUAGCGCCUACACUGCCCCCGGUGACAGACGUCUUCGCAGUCUCCUUGUGCCUAAAGGCAUCGGGAGAGUUGCUCUCAAUCCUCACGAGUUCAAAAGGAGUCGACCGGCUGGUGAUAUCGAGGUCUUUGACCCGGAGACUCGAGCACCUCUGAUUCAUCUCGAAGGGCUCAGCUUCAAGCCGUUCUCUUCUCCAACAGCCGCGGAUGAUCACCAAAUGUUCUCGAAGUGGACAUGGAGUCAAAUGUAUCCUGAUGUCAUGCUUGACGACGAAAGAUAUCAUGCAAGUGACAAGGAUCAGUUCACCAUCACCAUCCGAUCGAAAGCUUGA